ACCAAAAUCAGCAUUUUUCCUUUGUUCCUCUCAUGAAAUGAUUGUAGGUUACUACACUUUGUGAUCACAGCUUAUCCAUCAAGAGAUCUUCUCACUUGUUCACAGAAGGGGAAGUCCUGGAACCUAUGCAUAAGAUUGCCAAGGCCUUGCAAUUUACACAUGAGAAAGGAAUAGCUCACCUAGAUGUGAAACCUGGUGAUGCACGUUAUAUGCCACAAGAAAUCUUGAAUGACAAGUAUGACCAUCUUGACAACGUUGACAUGUUCUCCUUGGGAGCUGCUAUCUAUGAACUUAUUAGAGGCUCACAUUUGCCUGAAUCACGAUAUCGGUUUUUGAAUCUUAGAGAGGGAAAGCUGCCGCUUCUUCCUGGCUAUUCUUUGCAAUUCCAGAAUUUACUCAAGGUACCAAACACAAUUGACAUAUUAAACAUUGCCUAACCAUUGUUUUUGAAGAAAGGAAAUGUUUCCAUAUUUUACAUUUGGUGGGUCUGGAAGGCCACUCAGUGGAAGAAUAAAUAAUUUGAUUUGAUUUGA